UAGCGCGUCUUUCACCACACCCGUUUUCCUCGUUAUCCUCUUCCAUCGAGCUGCGGCGCCAUGGUCAAGCACUCUUCCGUUGCUGAGGCAUACACCACUCUCGGUCUUGAAGAGCAUGCCCUGCGCACUCAUCCAGACAAGAAUCCCAACAAUGCCGAUGCUACUGCGCAGUUUCAGGCAGUUGGUGAUGCAUACACUGUCCUCCAAAGACACCUGAAUCCGCCUACUGGCUCCAGACGGAUGUUCCCUUGGGGAAAUUCAGCGAGCGACGACGAAAAUGACGACUACGAUGACUACGGGGACGAUUCAUAUGAUCCUGAGGACGACCCAGACCGCAUGUCAUUUUACAUGUUCCUUUUCAGCCAGUUUCUAGAUGGGAGACAUGUGUAUUUCCGACCGCCCGACCCCCAUAGUAAUUAUCGUCGUCGAUCACCUUCCCCUGAAACCCCUGAACAACGCAAGGCUCGUAUCGCGCGGACUGUUGCAGAGCGAGAGGAGGCAGAGAAACGGCGUCGUGAGCAACAAGCUAACCGGAAAGACUUCGAAGCACGACAACGAGAAAAGGAACGCAAAGCUGCAGAAGAUAGACAAAAAGCCAAAGCAGCUUCGAAGAAGGCAGAAUCUGAGGCCAGCUCAUCAGAGGCUUUCUCGGCUGCACGUAAGGGGGACGCAGCCAAAGUCAGACACGCUGUUUGGGAAGAGAAUGUCGAUCCUGCCGGAGGCGAAAUCAAGUCUGGUUGCGAAAACUACGUCAAAAGGCCGCCUGAAGAUCCGAAGGAAACACUGAUGCAUAUCGCUACACAGCAAGGUGAUGUCGACCUCGUGGAGUGGUUAGACGCCCACAGUGCGGAUCCGGAAGAGCGUGACUCUGCAGGGCUGUCAGCCUUCCACUUGGCUCUUCAGCAGGGUUGUAUCCGAAUCAUAAAUCAUUUCUUCCAAUCAUAUGAUCCGAAACACGACGACGACCACAGCGGGAUCUAUAGCCUCCCACCACCAAUGUCGCUUCUUUCUCUAGCUUUACAAUCGUGCGACCCUGAGGUUGUGUGGAUGAUCCUCGAGAAGGGUCUGGCUUCCACCCAAGAUAUCGGAAAUGCCUGGACGCAAGUCACGUCUGGACAGGUCAACGAGCCACUGCUCCAGAAACUCUCCCGUGAUAGUGUUAAGUUUUCAGAAAUCCAGAACCUUCUGAUGACCUUUGGAGGGUUUACUCCACCACCAACACCAAAGGACCCAAGUCCAAAGAAUACGAGACGUAAUUCACCUUCUCCCCGUUCGCCGUUGGCGCCGGACGGCUCUGCCAAGAGUCGUCAGCGGACGCGUAGCAAGAAGCAAAGCGUUAACCAACCUCCUAACGCUCAUCCUGCAAAAAUGCCCCACAAAAAUGCCCCGCCGGCACCCUCACAAACUGGCGCAGUCCAUUCGGAGGCUCUCAAUGGCGAUCGCGGGCGGGGUCGCGGACGGGGUCGCGGUCGUGGUCGUGGUCGCGGACGUGGACGUGGAAACUAGAUCGUUAUUCAGCGAUCACAUCCCUGUCCUGCGUUCCACUCGGUAUCAGCAUAUUUCAUGAACCCUUCUGUUUCAUUCCUCAUUACUUGGCACAUACCUCCCGCAUCAAGCCACUUCUUGACGCAUCAUGCAUACAUAGUAUCAAUUGAGUCAUCCCAUCAUCUUGCUACAGCUGACAUCGUGAUCACGAGCUAAUGUUUAUAUCGCAAACUUGUGUAAUAUUUACUCUAUGCGCAUACAAUCUUGCACUCGUAUGUAAAUUAGAUCGUUCUAUAUUCUUUGAUUGCCUUGGCGGCAUUAAUGAUUAUUUGUUGUUG